AUGGCUGCAAGCGAGCUCAACCCCGUACAAGAUCUCCAGUGUAUUCAAAGCAAAUCAACCACCCAGUUCGUCAUUCCGGAACCGGACAAGUUGAAUGGUCUUCCUCUGGAGCUCAUAAUAUCAAUAUCGGACCUGCUCGAACCUGAAGAUAUCAUUUGUCUCUCCAUGUGCAAUCGUCGACUCUUCGAGGCCCUCAGCUGCAAAAGAACACUUCUUUCACCCACAGAGUAUGACGAGUUAGCGGUGCCGUAUCGACUUCAACGUGACCUGCCAAACCACUUCCUUUGUUGGAGUUGCGAUAUUCUUCAUACGUUUGACGGGCCGGAAUGGUUUGCGUUAUCGGAUAGAUACUCGGAGUGGCCUUCUCUCCUUCCAUGUGCCAACAAAUGGGAAGUGUGUAGGGAAGGAUUGCAUUUCAGGAUCUGUUCCCUCCCGUUUAUGGAGCAGUAUGGAAAGUACUCUUCUUCACUCCAGUCCGUGAUGAGAUAUUUCUAUUGUGGUGUUCAGUAUGGCGUUGGCACCGAAUCGCUAUACCACACCCAAGUCAAUAAAUAUCCCGACGCAACCACUUUGUUUUCGAUCGAACCACGGGUUUACCAGGUGCAAAAAGGCCUUCGUCUACAGAUCCAAGAAAUUCUCUUGGUUUAUCAUGCAAGGAUGGGUCUUUUCAUUCCUAAGGCACCGUUUCCAGAUCGAUCGUCUCCAUAUUACUUUUGGAUCUGCGAGCAUUUCUCUCGUCGGGAGAUUCGACAACGUGUUAAAUCUAUUCUCUCAGCUUACCUUUCCGACACACCGAUGUCUCCGUUAAGAGGCAACUGUGACAAAUGCAACACAGAUUUUGAGCUUCAAAUGGAAGAGGUCCGUGGCAGGCUAGCCCUCAUUCUCACAAAGUGGAUCAUCUUGGGCCCUGGCGCGAAACCAGAUGAUCCAGACUGGGGGAAGCGUGACCGUAAGGCAAUUUUACAGGAGCCUGAUUUCCAAGCGAUUGACAUGGCUGUGAGCCCCCGGGCCGCGUUUGAGACUGCCUGUGAAACCUCAAUAGACGCCCUACGUUCACGCAAUUUAUCUUACCUUCGCAAAAGGAGGUACAAAGAGCUGAUGAUGGAAGUAUGUGGCGGCCAUGAUAUCUGGAGCUUGCCUCGCUAUUAA